GUUCGAGGCUUCCGGCUCAAGCUCGUCAGAGCUCCCCUCGGCGCAGCCCCAAGAACAAGCAUUGCUUCGAAACCCCUGAAGACCCUGCAGAAUGUUGCCUGUCGCCAGUGGACCCUGGCAUCAAUAUUGAAUUCAACCUGGAAAGAAAAUCUCACAGUUCAGUUCACCACCUCUUCGCCACAUUGCUAGAUUUAUCAGCGGGCACGGGCAUCCCAAUGUUCUGAAUGACAAACAAAAUUCCAGGAACCAUCGUCAACAAUUUUUUAUUUUUUUUCGCCCAACCCGGUAUCCCCGGCAACGGUGCAAUUUGUAACCCCUGAGUCGAGCCUGGCAUUUCGAUCACGUUCUUGGGUGCAAGUCGAAAUGGCCGACUCUACCGACUGGCGAGCUUCGCUCACGGCUUCAGAGCGAUAUGAUAAUAUUCAGAGUUUAACCAAAGUGGUAACAGCGCUCGGUCUAAGCCAGAGCGCCUUUGAGAUUGAAAAUGAGGCAUACAAGACUGCGGCCAACCGGGAAGAGUAUGAUGCAGCUUGCAACCCGCCAACCCCCAGUGUUGACCCCCCUGAAUCCGCCUUGGCGGCAUCAGCAACACCUCCCCCUGAGACCAACGACCGAGACUCAUCCCCGGGAAUCACCAUAGGCGACUACCAAAACUGCCAUUACGUCGCCAGCGGUGUAACGGCCGAAGUCUACCGUGCCCAGGCCCGCGCUCUGAAAGUGAUCGUGGAAACCCACAACAUCGAGCCACACAGCCCAGAUCGCGAAGCCAAGAUCCUCGCCUCCCUCCGCGCCUCCAACGCCCCCAACAUCAUCCCCCUCCUCGAAACCUUCCGCGACCCCCAAACCCAAAACUUCGUCCUGGUAUUCCCCUACGCCCCCCUCACCCUCGGCCAUCUCCUCACCACCCACCAACCCCCUUCCUCCCCUCUACCAACCCCCCUAAUCCGCACCAUCUUCACCGCCCUCUUCCGCGCCCUCCACCACCUACACACGCACGAAUCCAUAAUCCACCGCGACAUCAAACCCUCCGCCAUCCUCCUCGCCACCCCAUCCCCGACCACGCCCUCCCAGAUCCACCUCUCCGACUUCGGCACCGCCUGGCACCCAACCCUCUCCCCCACCGCGGCCGGGGGCGAACCCCCCACGCAAAAAGUCCUCGAAGUCGGCACGGGCCCGUACCGCGCGCCCGAAACCUUAUUCGGCGACCGCGGCUACGGCCCGGCAAUCGACCUGUGGGCGGCCGGCGCCGCGCUGGCCGAGUGCUUCCUGCGGCGGCCGCUGUUCGACUCGCCGCCGGCGCACGAGGACGGCAGCCAGCUGGGGCUGGUGCUGAGCGUGUUCCGGACGCUGGGCACGCCGACGCCCGCGACGUGGCCCGAGGCGGUCGGGUUCCGCACGCCGCCGUUCGAGAUGUAUCGCGUGUUUGAGGGCCGCGUGGCGGUGGAGGGGUGGGAGGGCGUGGUGCCCGGUGGUGCGGAGGGGGGGUGGUUGGGGUUGGUGGAGGGGAUGCUGCGGUUUGAGAGUGGGGAGAGGGUGACUGCUGGGGAGGCGCUAGGGUUUCCUUGUAUGGAAGGGGAGGCUGAGACCUGAGGCUCAGGGUCAAGGUACAUACGGGGAUGCUUUGGGUUGGGGAAUCAGUUAUGCUAUGGAAGCACAAAUGGAACAAAUCGAGGGUGAUGCGCACUCGGUACGUUGCAGAUCUCAAUCUUCGAGGGGCUUUAUUGAGGUCUAUCAUGAUCAACGAAUCGUAACCGUCAACCCGAAUCCAAUUUUAUGACGGCAUCGUGGUAUCCUUCCGAACACCUGUGUGAGCACGCAUAUCGGCCCGGCCCAUCACGUGCCAUGCCAUGUAUUUGGAACCCUAGGCCCUCGGUCCGAAGUCU